AUGCCCACGUGUCCGGUCAACAUGGCAUAUGGAUUGGAAGUUGUUUUCGUUUACGUUUUCGUGAUCCUCUGGCUGCUUCAGAUUGCGCAUACGCAGCGUGGCCCAGCCGGGCAUAUUGAGUUUUACAAUGAUUACGGCAAAAAUCAUGACGACGAAAGGCUCCACUACUCGCAUCAGUAUCACAUUUCCGAUGCGGCCAGUCAGGUGCACAUCCUGCACCGAGAGCAGCGGAAGGGAGACCAUGUCUCCGGCUCCUAUGCCCACCUGGAACCCAACGGACACAUUCGUAGUGUGCACUACGAGGUGCGAGGACCGAGCCGGGGAUUCAAGGCCGUCGUUGAGCAGCGAACCGGGAACAGUCGGGUGCAUCAGGCAAUGGAAUUCCGGAAUCGGAAUCGGAAUUGGAAUCCCAGGCAACCCAGCCAACCGAUCCGGGCUCUUUCCCUUGCCGAGCCUGUGGCAUUUGUGAUUUAAGACUUCCAGCGGCGUGAAACCGGCCCGAAAAUAUAAACAACAGACGACAGGCGAAUUAUUUGUCUUGUUUCACGCAGCAGUAAAUUGCAAAAUGUUUAAUUGUCUUUCAAUGACUUCGCUGACUUGUUAAGUGAAUUUCUAAUUUGAAAUUUAAAUUGAUUUCGGCCGGGGCUCAUAAAAUGUAAGCGAACAAUUUUAUUAAACUUAAAAUGUAAAUAUUUCGGGGCUAUAUAUCAGCGCAAAGCGGCGGAAUGAAUGAAUAAAAUUAUUUUCCC